AUCCCACCAGACCUCUUGAGAUUUUCCCUCCUUGCUCCCUUGUCUUCUUCACUCUAUGGAAGGCAGGAAGGCAGAAUUUUUGUUGACUAACCAGUACAAGUUGAUGUUGCCUAGCAAAAUCUUGACAUGGGUUAUAUUGUUUCUACUGAUAUUUCCCAGCUUCUUUCAGAUAUCCCAUUCCAAGCUGGAUUCCUAUAGCUAUUUAGCAGCAAAGCGAAAACGAAUGAGUGAAAAGGUUCGCAAAAUGUUUUACCAUGCUUAUGACAACUACAUGACCUAUGCAUUUCCGCAUGAUGAGCUGAAACCUCUGACCAAAACUUUCACAGAUUCGCUUAGUGAGCUUGGAAAUCUGAAGCUGGAAUAUCUACCAGAACAGUACAAAGGAUCAGCUCUCUCACUUAUAGAAUCAUUAUCCAGCCUUGUUGUCCUGGGUAACCAAACUGAGUUUGAGAAAGGAGUUUUUUGGCUGUCUGAAAAUCUGACAUUUGAUGUUGAUGCAAGGAUAAAUCUUUUUGAGUGCAACAUAAGAGUUCUUGGAGGACUUGUUUCUGCUCAUAUACUUGCAACUGAUUCUACAAAAAACAGGUUAGUUCAAGGAACUUAUAAGAAUCAGCUCCUUGAUUUGGCUGAGAAUUUGGGAAGGCGCUUUUUACCUGCAUUUGAUACUCCAACUGGAUUGCCAUAUGCUUGGAUUAAUUUAAAGUAUGGAGUAAUGGAGAAUGAGACUACUGAAACGAGCACAUCUGGCUGUGGGUCUUUGAUCCUUGAAAUGGGAGCAUUGUCACGUUUAACUGGUGAUCCAAGAUUUGAGUCCGCUGCUUUGCAUGCUCUUCGUAAGUUGUGGAGCAUGCGGAGUUCGUUAAAUCUUCUUGGAACUACCCUGGAUGUGGUGACUGGAGAAUGGAUAGAACACUCAUCUGGAAUUGGAGCUGGGGUUGACUCAUUCUAUGAGUACCUUCUUAAAGCUCACAUUCUUUUUGGGAGGGAUGAGUUUUGGAGGAUGUUUCAGUCUGCUUACAUUGCUGUACAGAGAUAUUUUAGACAUGGCCCAUGGUAUCAUGAAGCUGAUAUGAGAACAGGAAAAUCAACCUAUUGGCAGCUUACAAGCCUGCAAGCAUUUUGGCCGGGUCUCCAGGUGCUUGUUGGGGACAUUCCAGCAGCUAACUUGUCACACCGAGAGUUCUAUUAUGUCUGGAAGAAAUAUGGGGUACUGCCAGAGAGAUAUCUUUUGGAUCAUAUGAUGUUGCACCCCACAGAAAAAUACUAUCCUUUGCGCCCCGAGUUUGCGGAAUCCACAUUUUACUUAUAUCAAGCAACCAAAGAUCCUUGGUAUAUGGAAGUGGGUGAAUUGAUUGUAGAUUCUCUUAAUCUAUACACUAGAGUUGAAGGUGGUUUUGCAAGUAUUAGAGAUGUGACGAGUAUGGAAUUAGAAGAUCAUCAACAUAGCUUUUUUCUUUCUGAAACGUGCAAGUAUUUAUAUCUUCUUUAUGAUGAUUCAUUUUUGGGCGACCGUAAUUACAUCUUCACUACUGAAGGUCAUCCUCUGCCAGUUUUAAGCUCUUGGCGUGAGAAGCUUCCUGAGGCUUAUAUUCCAAGUAACUGGACAUAUGUUAAGAGUGAAGAGCAAGUAAAACGAGCAAGUGCAAUGUCAAUGCGAGUUUGUCCAGCCACUGCACUAGAAUGUGGGCAGGGUCAGCCACGGGUGGAGAGUGCCUGCCACAUUCCUGACUCUCGCGCAGACCAUAGAUGCUUUAAUGACGAUGACUGUGGUGUUGAUUCCAGCAAUUGCAGACGUAGAUCAUGCAGUCUGGCUGGCUACUGUGGCCAAUGGUUGUUCAUUUGAAAACAUGAAGAACCUGCAAUUUUUUAAACGAAGAUUUAAACAAAGGUGAUGUCGUUUAGUUUGAUAAAAGCUGAUUUCACAUAUAUGUAGGUAAAGCAUACACCAUUUUGUCAGAUAUUAGAAGCAAAAGAGCUCAUACACAUGUAUAAUACAAUGAUCUGCAACUUGAACAAUUUUGUAUCAUAAUGAAUAGAGCAGAAAUUUCAUUUCA